AUGGAGAACUUCAAGACGCCCUUCAAGGGUGUAGUUAGUGAUAUCCGAGGAAGAGCCAAGUAUUACAAGGAAGAUUGGAUUUCUGGUAUCUGUUCAGGAAUCGGGAUAUUGGCUCCGACCACCUAUAUUUUCUUUGCUUCUGCUCUUCCUGUUAUAGCCUUUGGAGAACAGAUCGAUAGAGACACAGAUGGAAGCUUGACUUCAGUAGAAGCACUGGCUUCAACUGCUAUAUGUGGAAUCAUACACUCAAUUCUGGGAGGUCAGCCAUUGUUAAUACUGGGAGUUGCAGAACCCACUAUCAUCAUGUACACUUACUUAUACAAGUUUGCUAAAGAUAGAGAUGAUUUGGCACAACUCUUCUUGGCUUGGGCUGCAUGGGUUUGCGUUUGGACAGCUCUGAUGUUGAUUCUGCUAGCAAUAUUCAAUGCGGGAGCCAUUGUUAAUAGAUUCACCAGAAUUGCCGGCGAACUUUUUGGCAUGCUGAUCACAGUCUUGUUCAUUCAAGAGGCCAUCAAGGGAAUGGUGAGCGAGUUUAAGAUUCCUAAACACGAAGAACAAAGCUUAGAGAAGUACAAAUUUCAUUGGCUUUAUGCAAAUGGAAUAUUGGGAAUCAUAUUCACCUUCGGCCUUCUCUUUUCUUCUCUCAAGACCAGAAAAGCUAGAUCAUGGUUGUACGGCACAGGAAAGUUAAGAAGUUUCUUGGCAGACUAUGGGGUUCCUUUAAUGGUGGUAGUGUGGACAGCUUUGUCUUUCACAGUACGCAAACUUCCCUCUGGAGUCCCUAGAAGGCUCUUUGCCCCUCUUGCUUGGGAAUCUUCUUCUUUACACCAUUGGACAGUAAUCAAAGGACAUGGGAAGGUUCCACCUGCAUAUAUUUUGGGUGCUAUUAUCCCUGCAUUGAUGAUUGCGGGUCUUUACUUCUUCGAUCAUAGCGUUGCUUCUCAAAUGGCACAACAGAAGGAAUUCAAUCUCAAGAAGCCUUCUGCUUAUCAUUAUGACGUGUUGCUUCUAGGAUUCAUG